AUGGGGAUGUUAACAACAAAAGCACAGGACGUAACAAACAUUAAAAUGAUUAAAAUAUACUCAAAGGCAGAGACUUAAAAGUUAUCCACUCAACAGGGCCAAAUAUCUAUCCAAGCAUAGUAAUUGCGAAUUGAGAACAAAAUUUUUAUUAUAUAUACUUGUUAGCCACCCAAUGAAUUGAGUAGGCACUAACAAUGUAUAGUGUGGCUCAGUUGGUUGAAUACACUUCUUCCCUCUUUCAACAGGGAUUCCUAGAUGAUCAAUUUAACCAGCUUCAACUACUUCAAGAUGAAAGCAACCCUAACUUUGUUGUUGAAGUGGUCACUCUCUUCUUUGAGGAUGCAGAGAAGCUUCUUAAUCAAUUGGAAAAAGAAAUAGGCCAAGAAAAUAACAUUGAUUUUAAAAGGGUGGAUGCUCUUGUUCACCAGCUGAAAGGCAGCAGCUCCAGCAUUGGCGCUCAGAGAGUUCAGAGAGUCUGUAUUGCCUUCAAAAACUACUGUGAGGAGAAAAACAUAGAAGGGUGCUUUAAAAGCCUGCAAGACAUAAAGCAGGAGUAUACCUUAGUGAAAACCAAGUUUGAGACACUCUUUAAGAUGGAGCAGCAAAUUUUUGCCGCAGGGGGUUCAGCUCCUAGAUAGUGAAUGAUAAGGCGCAGUGAAGCAUUAAUCUUUUCCAAUUUGCAUACAAAGCAACCACUUUUAUCAUGUUUGGAUUUUACUCAUGAAUGUGUCCAUUCCUAAAUUCUCAAUUGGUUUGAAUUGAAUUUAUCAUAUUUACGCAGUGAUCCAUCCAUAUUGGUUUGAAUAACCCCUGCUCCUUUGGUUAAAAUGGAAGUUGGAAUAUUGGAGUUGGACCUCUACCAGUUGUUCAAGAAUACUAGUCUCUUUAUCUUUGUCAAUUUAUCAAAUCAAGCAAGAAGAUGGCAUCACGAGUAAUGUCUUUUAUCUUAUUAUAGAUAAUCAGGGGUGGUUCUAGUCAGAAUCUGAAAUAAAAACGAAUUAAUCUUACUCAUUUGAGGGGUAAACUUUACAUAUUUAAUGCUACUAUUUUUUUUUUUAGUUUUUGUAAUUUAAUCAACACGGUGCAACUCCUUCUCUCCCUUGUAAUAUGACUCACUUUUAGAUUUUUUGGUCCCUUAAUAUGCCAUUAUUUUCAAAAAUUUACAUGUGUUAAUAAUUUUUUUUUACAAAAAUACCUCUAUUUAUUUAGAAGGACUUUCAUUUAGCCUACCUCAGUUCAAGAAAACACAUGCAUGGAAGGGUAGAGAGUGAAUCCCACUUGGCCGGAGAAAAUUUCCUCGAGUAGACAAAGAAGAAGCCAGCACAAAGGAAACGACAGUCCGAGAAAAAUACACAGUAUACAAAGAACAGAAGCAUUCAAAACACUUAGUGCAUACAAGAAAUAUUUCAAAGUCGGAUACAUACACAGUGGCCACCAAAAGACACGAGGCACCGAGCCCUUGUUCAAAACAAAUUACAUCUAGACAAUCUCCCAUUCGUUAAACUCCUUGCAGCAAUCAAGCUCGUCCAGCUUCAAAACCACGCCAGGAUUGAAUUGUUGGAUCUGGGCAAUGGCGUUAUUAAAGGAGUCCAGACGUACUUUGCAAACUUGGUCCACCAAACCGUCCCUCUCAACUUUAAAGCAGCAAACUCCUCUCUUUCUUCACGGCCUCCAGAUCCUCCUCAGAUAGGAUUGACUUCUCCAUUAAUGAAGUAACUCUUUUGUGGCCAGCCUUAGCUCUUCCUCCUUAGCACCCUUUUCGACUAACAUAACCUUCAACCUUCUUUCUAGGGCCGUAAUAGUCCUGGCCUUCUCCAUUAAUGAAGUUUGGAUUGUGUUAGUUGGUUACAUAAUUUACCAUUGUGUUUGAAUAUUAAAACUCAAAAUAUUUCUUUGUUUAA